AUGCGCGUCGGGGCCGGGCGGGCCUGGCGGUGGGUGCAGCGGGGCUGGCGUGCGGCGGGGCGGCAGCGGCGGGGCUGGGGGGCCAUGGCGGAGGCGGCCGGUGCCAUGGGGCAGAGGAUGGUCUGGGUGGACCUGGAGAUGACCGGCUUGGACAUUGAGAAAGACCAGAUCAUUGAGAUGGCCUGCCUCAUCACCGAUUCUGACUUGAACAUCUUGGCUGAAGGUCCCAACCUGAUAAUAAACCAGCCGGAUGAGCUGUUGGACGGCAUGUCGGAUUGGUGCAAAGAGCAUCAUGGGAAGUCUGGCCUUACCAAGGCGGUGAAAGAAAGCGCAAUAUCUCUGCAGCAGGCGGAGUACGAAUUUCUGUCUUUCGUCCGGCAGCAGACGCCGCCGGGACUCUGCCCUCUUGCAGGAAACUCAGUUCAUGCGGACAAGAAGUUCCUCGACAAACACAUGCCACAGUUCAUGAAGCAUCUUCAUUACCGAAUCAUUGAUGUGAGCACCGUCAAAGAGUUGUGCAGACGCUGGUUCCCGGAGGAUUACAAGUUUGCCCCAAAGAAGGCUGCUUCUCACAGAGCUCUUGACGAUAUCCGGGAGAGCAUCAAGGAGCUUCAGUUCUACAGAGGCAGCAUCUUCAAGAGGAAAACAGAUGAAAAGAAAAGGAAGCUGGUGGAAAACGGUGACAACGAGAACCCCACCAGUUGAUCUCGUCACCCUCUUAGCUCCUUUGCAGAAGUCUGAGACUCCAGGCCCAUCCAAGAUGACAGCUUCCGUCCGCUCCCUGGCUCCCCGGAGGUGGUUCAGAGCGACCCAGUCCCAGAUUCAACGGCUGUUCUGUGUUUGAGCGGUGGCCCUUGAAGCCUCCACAGUUGCUUGCUUUGAGAGAACCGUUUGUGGUUGAAGAGUCCCUUCUGGUUUGAUCUGGGCACUUUCUUUUGCAACAGAAUAAAGCCACUCUGCCAAACA